CCCCUCUGCACAGACCACCUUCUUUUGUUGCCAGCUCCCGCCCGCACGUCACCACAAGCCCUCCACAUAUCGCCCAGAUUCGUCACUCUCUCCCAACCCCAAUACAAUGUCUGAGCGAGGCGCAUUUCGCGGCCGAGGCGGUGGCAGAGGAGGCGACCGCGGUGCAAGGGGCGGCGGUCGUGGAGGUGGUGGAGGCGGCGGCGGUGGAGGAGCACACGCUGGCGGCCAGACGGAGCGCCCCAAGAAGGAAAACAUUCUUGACUUGAGCAAGUACAUGGACAAGCAAAUUACGGUCAAAUUCAGCGGCGGACGAGAAGUCAUUGGCACAUUGAAAGGCUACGACCAGCUUAUGAACCUUGUCCUCGACGAGGUCAAAGAGGCUCUUACAGACGAGGAUGGCAACAUCCGAUACCGCAAACUCGGCCUCAUCGUCGCACGCGGCACCCUGCUCGUCGUCAUCUCCCCCGUAGACGGAAGCGAAGAAAUCGCCAACCCCUUCUUGCAGGAAGAAGAGUGAUUGCCGACCAUUACCAGCGGCGAGGAUGGCAGCAUCACGUGUGCGCUGUGAGCAACAAACAGACAGCAGUCAAUGGCGUCGUUUAGGCCAACGGCGCCGACCAGGGGCUUUGAAAAAAAAGGCUGGAUAGCCAAUACGAUACCCAUGAGGGACGUGAGCGAAAAAUGCAAGGACAGGAUGCGGCUCCCAAGCUGUGCAUCGACAACAAGUUACACGGUGACAUGGCCACAACAGGCAUGCUUGCCCGUUGCAUCCCUACCAUUGAACAUUGCGAAUCAGAAAAAUCACCGAUACUCCACUUACUAGUGGUGAGGUCUUUCAAAACCACUAAAUUCGCCAUGCACUGUGCUCAUAAUUGCCAAUUGACCAUACAUUCGCCUAUGUACAUCUUAUAUUUCUUGCAUGACUGCGUCCCUCGUUGCUUUUUUUUUUACACUGGUUGGGCUCCAUCUACUUGCAUACAC